UAUAUAUUUAUUUUUUUAAAUGAAGUCAUAUGUUCAACUGAUUCACAUAAAGGUGAUUUUUAUUUUUUUUCAUGCCUCCACAACACAAUGUUUGAAGAGUUUCUAUUUCUUUGGAAAAACAUGAAGCCGAGGGACCUUCAAAACCUGCUGCUCAUCCUCUGCAUAGCUCUGAGCUGUGUGAGCGGUGCAGCACCAGUGAUCCAUGUGUCUGGAUAUGAAGGGAGAGAUGUUAAUGUUUCCUGCCCCUAUGGAGAGGGUUACGAGUCUUAUGAGAAAUACCUGUGCAGGAAUGACUGUAGCAAUAGUGAUGUUCUUAUUAUGACUACACAAGCGAACAAGAACAAAUACUCCAUCUCUGAUGACAAAAACAAACGAGUCCUCACAACAACCAUCUCUGAUCUGAGCUCUGUGGAUGCUGGGAAAUACUGGUGUGGGGUGACCAGAAGUGGAAAGGAUUACUACCCUGCUGAAGUAAGACUGGACGUAGUGCCAGACAGCUGCUGUGAUCAGUUCACCGAAGUCCACAGUCAUGAGGAAGGUUCAGUGUCCAUCCCUUGUCCAUAUGACUCUAAGUACCAGAAGAACCUGAAGUACAUCUGCAGAGGAAGGCAGCCCUCCAUAUGUCUGCAGCAGGCAGUGGUCACCUCUAACAGAAAACUCAAUGGAAAGUUCACACUUACUGGUGACGAGGAGUCUGGGAAAUUCACAGUGAACAUCACCAGUUUGACCCAAAAGGAUUCUGGGUGGUUCCUUUGUGGUGUCGAGAGAAACAAUGGCCUGGAUGUUUUCUCUGCUGUUAAGCUGGAAGUCAAAGAGUGGUGCUGUGUGAAGUCAAAAAGCCUGAGCGGCACCGUGGGAGAUCCUCUUACUAUGCAGUGUCCCUAUCCAAGCCAACACAGGACAAACAGGAAGUUCCUCUGUAAGGGAGACCGCCGAAAUAACUGUGAAAUCCAGGUGACGAGUCAGAACUCAGGCCGGACUAGGAACAGGUUCACACUGCAGGAUGACGCUUCUUCCAGCUCUUUCUCGGUGAAGAUCACAGAGCUGAAAGCAGGUGAUGCUGGGACAUACUGGUGUGGUUCAGACUCACAGUGGAGUAUUGGAGACUACACCAAGAUUCACCUGUCAGUAGUUUUUCCAACCAGGACAAUAAUCCCUAUCACCAGUCAGACCGCAACUGUCAAAUCACAAUCAACCCAGAUCACCGAUAAACCUAUCAAAGUGACUUCACUCUUACACCCCGUGGUUUUCAUUGUGCCCACUGUACUGCUGCUCAUAUUGAUACUUGCCCUGGUCCUACUUUGUAAAUACAAAUGUUACAAAGUGAAAGGAGCUGGAGUCAACGUGAACCAAAACGUAAUCAAGCAGGCAGACGUAGAGGAAGUGAUCGGUGAAGAUAUUUAUGCAAAUGAGGAAGUCAUGGUGUGCUCAAAGGUGUCGACCUCCAAACAGCAGAGCAACUAUCGCCACUAUGAUGACACAGAAGACCAACAAGACUCUGUGUAUCAAAACUACACCACAACAGAAGACAUCUACUGUAAUGAAUUUCUCAGUAAAGGCAAUAAGAGAUAAAAGAUAACCUUGAAAUGUUGUGCUGCAUUUGUACACAAGUUACCCUGUUUGUUUUUCUUUAACAUUUACAACUUUCCAACAUAUAGUCACACUGCCCUCUGACAGCUUAUAUGUCCAGAUUGUUUUUUUAAUUACCAUCAGACAUAUUCAGAACCUGCAUAUUAAUUGCUUUCAUUGAUUUGACACUUUUGUUUUCACCAUUACUCUCAUCCUGAUUGCUGACUGUUAGCAUAACAAAUAGUUUAACAUACCUGCACUCCUUGUAAGAAAUUGAGAAUGGCAAUUUCAGCUAAAUACCCCAAAUAUAAGUUACCUACAUGUAUGUGCCUUUGGUAAAAGUGAAUAAAUAAACAAAACCAUGUCUUUAUGAAU